AUUCACCGAUUGAUAAGAUAAUCUAUUAAUUCCUCUUUACCCCCUGACUAAACGUUGGCUCUCGGUAACACUUGAUCCUGAUCCAUGUAAAGUCGGAUAUCAGUACUGUAUACACGGCCCGUUUUACCUAUCUUCCACUUGGCCCAGGCCUAGGAAGGGAAAUAGUUUCAAAAUUUCCUUUCUCUUCAGUUCAUGUAGCGUUGAGCUUGAGGGCAUCCCUAGCCUAGGCGAGCCGACCGACUACGGGCCUCCCACUUUACCUAAUUACCUACACCUAAGCAUUCGACUUCAAGCACUUCUGAAUUCGUUUCUAUUUUACUAUUGCCUUCACUCAUAUUACCCGCGAGGCGGGACGUCUUCAUCAUGUCGUCACUAUUUAAAGGCCUCGUUUCAAUCUUAUCCUCGGCUUCUAUCCUUCUAAGCCUCUCGAGUGCUGCUACCGUUACCUAUGACUUCAAGAUAGGCUGGGUCACAUCAAAUCCCGAUGGGGCGUUUGACAAACCGACCAUUGGAAUUAACGGCCAAUGGCCUAUUCCUCCUAUUGUCGCUAAUGUUGGCGAUAAUGUUGUAAUCAAUGUCUCAAAUCAGCUCGGAAACCAGUCGACUUCGCUCCAUUUCCAUGGCUUAUUCAUGAAUGGCACAACUCAUAUGGACGGUCCAUCUCAGGUCUCACAAUGCCCUAUUGCGCCCGGCUCAAGUUUCACCUACAACUUCACCAUUAAUCAACCUGGCACAUAUUGGUACCAUUCUCAUACAAAUGGGCAAUAUCCUGAUGGGCUCAGAGGCCCUCUCAUUGUACAUGACCCGAAAUCUCCUUUCCUUGAUACGUAUUACAAGCAAGAAAACGAGAGGGUUUUGACCGUCUCGGACUGGUAUCAUGACCAAAUGGCAGACCUACUCCCGGGAUUCAUCAACAAGGGCAAUCCUACAGGAGCUGAGCCCGUUCCACAGGCCGCCCUAUUCAAUGACACGCAAAACUUAAAGGUCGCGGUCCAACCUGGGACAACUUAUCUCUUCCGUGUCAUAAACGUUGGGGCCUUUGCAGGUCAGUACCUCUGGUUUGAGGGUCACAACAUGACUAUCAUAGAGGUUGAUGGUGUUUACCAUCAACCGGCUGAAGCCGAUAUGAUCUACCUGUCCGCUGCUCAACGCUGUAGCUUUCUGGUAACCACAAAGAACGACACAACAGCCAACUAUGCAUUUGUGGCAAGCAUGGAUACUACAUUAUUCGAUACUCUGCCAGAUGACUUGAAUUACAAUGUCACAGGGUGGCUCGUCUAUGACGACGCAAAACCUUUACCCGAGCCCGCACUGGUCGACCAGUUAAACAAUUUCGACGACAUGACCCUGGUCCCGUACGACAACCAAACUCUGCUCGUCAAACCCGACAAGGAGGUCCAACUUGAUGUAAUCAUGGAUAACCUAGGGGAUGGUGCGAACUACGCCUUCUUCAACAAUAUCACAUACAAGUCUCCCAAAGUACCUACUCUCUACACAGCUCUAUCUGCCGGAGAACUAGCCACGAACCCCGCCGUCUACGGCACUUAUACGCACCCGUUCGUCCUCGAGAAGGGCGAGAUAGUGCAGAUCGUAGUCAACAACCUUGAUACCGGGCGUCACCCUUUCCAUCUCCACGGACACCACUUCCAAGCUGUCUACCGAUCCGAAGAAGACGCCGGGACCUUUGAGGAUUCCGGCGUCACGGAAGCCGACUUCCCCGCCACUCCCAUGCGCCGCGAUACCUUGGUGCUAUACCCCACCGGCUACAUCGUGCUGAGAUUCCGGGCUGAUAAUCCAGGUGUCUGGCUUUUCCACUGCCACAUCGAGUGGCACGUCGCAUCCGGCCUCAUCGCAACCUUCGUCGAAGCACCCCUCGAUCUACAAAAGACCAUCGCCCUUCCCAAAGACCACCUCGACGCCUGCGCCGCCGCUAGCAUCCCCACCUCCGGCAACGCGGCAGCUAACACGGCGGACUUCCUCGACUUGGACGGGGAGCCUCGGCCCCCCAACCCGCUGCCAGAAGGAUUCACCACCCGCGGCAAGGUAGCCCUCGCGUUCAGCUGUCUAAGCGGCAUUCUCGGCGUCCUCGUAGUCGUGCUCUACGGCCUCGCGCCCGACGCCGCGGCCCCGGAAUGGGUUACUGCUGCUGCCGCUGCUGCUGACCACCAGCAGGGAGUCGUCUUGGCGGCGUGGGCGUCGGAAGGUACGGGGGCGGAGCUGGAGCCGGAGCCGGAAGUCGUUACUGUUACGGCGGGUUCUGGGGGCGGGAGUAGCAAGGCGUUGUGAGAUGGGUUUAGGAAGAUACGAAUGAGAGUAGCCGAGGGAGAUAAU